UGUGUACAUAAGGUGACGUGGAACAGGCGAGUGAUAAUGAGAAUUUAGUGCACCGUAGUUGAAAUUAACACCAUUAGCUAGCUAGUUUAUUCAGACAUCCAACGCAGUACACAUUAAACAUUUUUUUAAACUAUGUGCUGCUGCUGUUAGGUGAGUUUAUAUUGAGAUAUAAAGCGAGACAACAGUGCUAGCUCGACAGCUGUCAGGCUAGCGAGGUGGUCGUGUCAGCACUGCUAACAUAGCUGACUGGCUCGCAUUGCGGAUACAACACAACAGAACCUCCUGCGACAAACAGGUUUUGCAUGUGGUGGUCAUCUUUCCAGAGUUACCAUGGCGAGUCCAGAUGAUCUGAAGUUCCAAGAGUUUGAGGAGGCCACUGACCUAUUGUUAGCAGACCCUGGGGCCUCCACCCUCAGUAUGUCUGGCUCCAGCAGUACGGCCCCGGCCGGUGCCACUGGGGACAUCAAACUGGACAUGUCCGAUGAUGAGGGACAGGAGGAGAGUUCAGAGCUCCUAAGAGGGGAGAAACAAACUAGCGGUUUCUGGACCUUUGAGUACUACCAGUCGUUCUUCAAUGUGGAUACAAUGCAGGUGCUGGACAGGGUCAAGGGGUCGGUGAUGCCUUUACCAGGACGGAACUUCAUCAAACACACCCUCCAGUCGAGUCCGGAUUUAUAUGGUCCCUUCUGGAUCUGCGUGACGCUGGUGUUCUCUCUGGCCAUCAGUGGAAACCUGUCCACCUUCCUGAAAUCUCUGGGGAGCCCCCAUUACCACUACAGACCCCAGUUCCACGGAGUGACAAUAGCUGCAGUAGUGAUCUUCCUGUAUGCCUGGCUGGUGCCCCUGGGUGUAUGGGGUUUCCUGACCUGGAGGCAGAGGGAGGAGAGGCAGCAAAGUGGUUACUCCUUCCUGGAGACAGUGUGUGUCUACGGCUACUCCCUCUUCAUCUACAUCCCCACCUCAGUGUUGUGGAUCUUACCAUUCGAAUGGCUCCGAUGGCUCCUCAUCCUGGUCGCCAUGGUGAUCUCUGGGUCGGUCCUGGUGCUCACCUUCUGGCCUGUCGUCCGCGAUGACACCAAGGUGACUGCUUUUGCCACCGUGGCAACAAUCGUCGUUCUCCAUGCGCUGCUAUCAAUUGGCUGCAAGAUGUAUUUCUUCCAGACAGCGACUCGCACACCAGUUCCUACACUCGCAUCCAACCACACAGCAGCAAUAUUGACCAACAAGACCCACUGACCAAGAGGAACCAGAGGGAGGGAGAUGUGUCAAUGUUUGAGACAUCUGGGGAAUCUGAAAGGACUAGAUAAAAGGUUGUUUUUGUUACCUACUCUGUGAGCAUUGGAAGAGUAGCUAGCUGGCUAACCACCAAACGGAUGAUAGUCAAUGGCGAAAUCGCUAACUACAUUGUUGUCGUGUGUGUCGAGAGGGAACGUUGGAUGAAAUCAGUUUGACACCUGUGUGGACGUUGUUUUUAGCUCCGUGGGUCACACAUGAUCCAGUCCUUUCAGAUCAGAGAAGGGGACGUAGCUCCUGCAUACUCCGAUGCUCUAACCAAUAAUAAGGAUAUAGAGGACUGACAAGUGGUCAAAGGUACCCAUAACGUUGUGGAGGUUCUGGAUGUGUGAGCCCUACUCUAGUACAUUAUGGACUUAACUGGAUCAGCAGCCCAUUAAAAGUACUGUGUAAUUGACUACAUAUGUUAUUACAAAGAGAAGGGACAAGGAUCUAGGUCUAUGAGUAAACAAAUUAUGGGUUAUGAGGAUUGCAUUGGGGGGAAAUGUCUUGCUUAUGCUGCAGAAAUGAUUCCGCUAGCCUCCCGGGUGGCGCAGUGGUUAAGGGCGCUGUACCAUCAGACUCUGGGUUCGCGCCCAGACUCUGUCGUAACCGGCUGCGACCGGGAGGUCCGUGGGGCGACGCACAAUUGGCCUAGCGUCGUCCGGGUUAGGGAGGGCUUGGCCGGUAGGCAUGUCCUUGUCUCAUUGCGCACCAGCGACUCCUGUGGCGGGCCGGGCGCAGUGCGCGCUAACCAAGGUUGCCAGGGGCACGGUGUUUCCUCCGACACAUUGGUGUGGCUGGCUUCCGGGUUGGAUGCGCGCUGUGUUAAGCAGUGCGGCUUGGUUGGGUUGUGUAUCGGAGGAUGCAUGACUUUCAACCUUCGUCUCUCCCGAGCCCGUACGGGAGUUGUAGCGAUGAGACAAGAUAGUAGCUACUAAAACAAUUGGACACCACGGAGGGAGAAAAAGGGGCAAAGAAAAAAAUUCCGCUGUAAAUUCUGCACUUGUAUAUUGUAAUAAAUCAAUAUUUAUUAUGGAGAAGUUGGGUGCACUAAAAAACACGAGGAAGCAUAUGAUAUCUGCUCUAACCAGCUCAGUUCUGUCAUGUCAGUGCAGAUAGAGACCAAGGAAAGGAGUUCUUUGAACUUGAAAUCCUCAGCUGCAGUCUGAUCUUGAGAUGAGGGAAAUGCUGACUAAUGUACUAAUACAGGGGUAGCCAACCUUAUCCAUAAAAGUGCAUAUUUUUGUUCCAGCCAAGCAAAAACACCUGAUUCUACAAUCAGACGAGUUGGAUCAACAGGUAUGUUACAGCUUGGCUGGAACCAAGGCCUACUACACCCACACCAACCAUCUGCGGGUGAGGUUGUAUACCUCUGAGAUUGAAAUGGGUUGUUCUAGAACUCAAACCACUCCUAUGACCUGGAACGUGUAGUACUGUGCUGACUAAUGUAUCCACACAACUUUUUCUUUUUGUAGAUACUUGUAAAAGGGUUUGUCAGUGUAUUUAAUUAUUCUUUCCUCUUUGUUCAGACUUCUGGGUUUGUGUGAAUAAACUGUCAUUCCAGUCAA